AGAGACCGCUGUUUUUUAAAAGCUUUUGCGGUGUGGUAAAGCUUUUGGCAAAAGCUAGUUUCAAUCGCGCCGCUGGAGUGGUGAGACACAGACCGAAUCCGAUUGAAAAACCGCAAGAGCACAGUGUGUACCAGAAUAAGCCAAAGAUUGAACUCUUGCUGCGCAUUCAUAACCUGCCACGACUAUUUUCGUUCUGGACAAAUAGAAGACUGUGUCGCCUGUGUAAUAGACUGCAAUCAUGAGCAAGCAACUGUCGCGUCAUGUAAGACAAAUCAACAAAUUGCUGACCACCGCUUCGGCGAAUGCUGCCGGCUCCACGCACAACAACUAUUUUACCUAUGUGCAGGAGCUGUCGCAUCCGCUUCCACGCGAGCCCCCAAUUGUGUCGCCAGAGGAAGCCGUCGCCUGCAUUAAAUCUGGCGACACGGUUUUCGCUCAGGGCGCAGCUGCCACUCCGGUAACGCUUCUGAAUACCAUGACGCAGUAUGGCAAGUGCAAUAGGCUGAAGGAUAUUACCGUCUGCCACAUGCACACGGAGGGACCGGCCGAGUACUGCAAGCCCGAGUACGAGGAUAUUUUCCGUUCGAACUCCUUCUUCAUGGGUGCCAAUGUGCGCAAGGCCGUCGCCGAGGGCCGGGCCGACAAUGUGCCCAUAUUUCUGCAUGAAAUACCGCAGCUGUUCUACAAGAAGAUAGUUCAGCCGGACGUGGCGCUCAUCCAUGUGUCGCCGCCGGACAAUCACGGCUAUUGCAGCCUGGGCACCAGCGUCGACUGCGUCCGAGCCGCGCUGGUCAACUCGAAGAAGAUUGUUGCCCAAAUCAAUCCCAAUAUGCCGCGCACCUUUGGCGAUUCCAUCAUCCACAAGUCGCACUUUGACUUUGCCAUCGAGGUCAACGACAAGCUGCCGCAGCAUGGCACCGGCGAGAUUUCGGCUGUGGAGAAGAAGAUUGGCCAGUUGAUUGCCGAGAAUUUGGUCCAGGAUGGCGCCACGCUACAGAUGGGCAUUGGCAGCAUACCGGAUGCCGUGCUUGCCGCUCUGCACAAUCACAAGGAUCUGGGCAUACACUCGGAGAUGUUCGCCAAUGGCGUUGUCGAUCUGGUCAAGAAGGGCUGUGUCACCAACAGCAAGAAGAAAAUGCACCAGGGUCGCAUCGUGGGCUCCUUCCUGAUUGGCGAUCAGCCGCUUUACGACUUUGUCAACAACAAUCCGUUUAUCGAAAUGUUGGCCAUUGAUUACGUGAACAAUACGGGAAUUGUGAAGCAGCAGCCACGCAUGACAGCCAUCAACAGCUGCAUUGAGGUGGACGUGACUGGUCAGGUGUGCUCCGAUUCGAUUGGCACACGCUUCUAUUCCGGCUUCGGAGGUCAGGUGGACUUUAUACGUGGCGCAGCCGAGGGCACCGAUGGCCUGGGCGUGCCCAUCAUUGCCAUGCCGUCGACAACCAGCAAAGGAGGCAGCAAGAUUGUGCCAACGCUUCAGCCAGGUGCUGGCGUCGUCACCUCCCGCGCACACGUUCACUACGUGGUCACCGAGCACGGCAUUGCCUCGCUGUUCGGCAAGAAUGUGCGCCAGCGUUCAUACGAACUGAUCCAAAUCGCCGAUCCCAAACAUCGCGAGGCCCUGGAGAAGGCAGUCUACGAGCGACUCAAAGUGAUGCCCUCCUGCGAUUAAACUCAACAACCCAUUUUAAAGAGUGCAACGAAUCGAGCAAAGAAAUUUUAAAUAUGUUUUAUAUGCAUUCCCGCAAAAUGGUUUCUCCCUGUUUUCGAUCGGAAUGAAAUUCAGUAGAAAAUGUAACAAUUUCCCCACUAUUUAGGCAGAAUGCAGAAACAAUAAGUGAAUCAAUAAAAGAUGUUAAAACAGAAAACGAA